GAACACCAAUGACGAUGACACUGAUGCAGAUAACAUUCCGAGAUCUGUACGUAGUUUCCAUUAAAACAAGUAUGUAACGUAUUUAUUCCUGUAUGACAGCCAUGGAAGGAAUUAUAAGAUUUUAAUAAUUUGUUCAUUUUAUUUCUACUGGUUCUGUUUCGCAGCCUUAUUGAGUAUUACUUAGAAUUUAUUGCUAAACUGACAAUACAACUCAUAAAUAUUCAGACGCUAGACAACUUACAGCAACAAUACUUACAUACACGAAUGUACGUAAAAUGUAUCAAUUAACGAGAAACUAAUAGUCAAAAAUAAUGCCUAUAAUCUUCCUAAAGAAUCGACAAAUAAUACAAUUUAAUUAUUUGUUUAAAAAUUGAUCGACAGCAUAUUCAGUCGUAUAUCAACUGAAGCUUAGAUGCUAUGCCAUAGUUGUGGAAUUUACCUCCGCUGUAAUAUUGCGAUAGAAUUCAGCAGAACUUUAAACGUAUCUUCUCUUCCUACAUUACGUAUAUGUGUAUAGUUCGUAAACUGUCAAAUGCAACGUUUCUUUGCCUAUGUGUGUGUUAUCUUGCUACUCGAGAACCGUUGAAUCGAAUUUCUUUCCCAUAUAGGUACAUUCUCGGUCAGGUUUUAAGCUAUGUUUGGUUAAAAUUGAUUUUUAUGGAGCCGAGCAGUGAAGAUAAAUGCGCGACAAGACGAGGAAAAAACUGGAAACGUACAGGAAACUGAAUGCGCUGUGAAAACUACAAGGGAUGAUACAUCAAGACUGUGUGUGAGAGAUAAGUAGCUUUUUAAAAUAGCAGUACAAAGAAGUCCGCGGCGGUCAUAUCGUCAUCGCACAAAGAGAGUCUUAUAUUCUCUGGUGUGGGUAUGUCAACGUGAACUGGCGCGAACACACAUAAGCAUUUUAAAUGCGCUAAAACAGGUUAUAUUAUUUGGAGAAUUAUAUGGAGAAUUUACAGGUUCUCUCGUAGCUAAUAUUUUAAAAUGCGUGGAUUCACGCCAGUUCUCAUCGCGAUACUUUUAAUAUGAAUAAGUACAACCCUAAAAUGCCUUUUACUUUAUCAAUCUAGAUACGUUAAAAGUUAAUAAACUUUUUUUUGGGGAUAUGUUAGAUUCUUAAAUUGAAAAUGAGUGUGCGGCAACUGCAUAACACGAAGAUGAAUUUAUGUCAAUGUAUAGAAAGAACGACAAGACAGGUAAUCAGUUUGUUCGCUUCUAAUUAACAAAUCAGAUGCAAAGACGCUUAACAAGGAUACUCGGGGUUGAUAAAUUCAACAAUAGGAAUUAUCGCAAACGUUCAUUGUGCAAGAUUAUGAAAACAACACAGACUAAUAUCACACUGGCCCAGUUAUACUAUUAGAAAUAGUGGUAACUCUGAUUUAUAGUCGGACACAACGAUACAGGGACUUGGGUCAAUGUAGCCUAUUACGGUUAACGCUUUGUAAAGUAAGUCGCGCUGCGGGAAUGCGGCCAAAAUAAUGAUUGUCGUUUAAUAAACUUAUUAAGUCGAAAUGACGUGAUCUGUAUCGACAAUAGUAUCGUAACUGCAACCGAUAAAAACUAGAAGAUCGCGAAGUAUGUCAAUCAACUGUUCGUGUAGUCGUAUUUUUAGCGAAAUAAUGAAUGAAAUAGCUUCUUCUGUCUAAUGUAUUCAAUCGUGACCUACGGUAAAGAUUGGAAAUUAUACAUUACAUUUUACAUUACCUCUUAAUUAAUGUUCCUUUGAAUAACAAAUGACAAAUCCAUGAGAUGUUUAAAUGAUAUUAAUCACGAUUAUAAUACGAUUUCCUUCUUUAAACUAACAUAGAAGCAUACUUAUGUAAAGUAUGUGAAAGUACUGCAAAUAAUCAUUUUUUUUUUUUUCUGAACAAAUAUUCUAGUCAUUAAAUUAUACAUCUAUGUAACAGAAUUUCCAUGUAGGUAUUUUUGCUGAACUUUUGUGUUUUGUACCAUGUGUAUGACAUUUGAACCGCUUAAAAAAAGAGUUACAUUAAAAAUAGUUUAAUGGCAAGGAGAUAUGCCGAUAGACUAUGAGACGAUAAUCGAUUAAUUUUCGAAUAGAGAUAAAACGGAUCGAAUUCACGGGUGUUUAUAAUGUCUUAUAUCCUACGAUUACGCUACUAUUCAUGCUUAUUAGAUUAUAAUGAUGAAAUAAUAUAUCAUUAUUUUCAAGGAUUGUAUCCAGAGAUCUAUAUAAUCGGUAUAUACGUAUAUUAAAACAAAUGUUUAAGAAAAGUUUUGAAAUAAAAUGUCAUCUUGACGUCACAUUGACGCUUAAUAUUAAGCUCUUAAUAUCAAAUUUAAUCUUAUGUACUUUAAGGUGUCUUAUAUAUUUAAAAGAUAAAAAUAUAAAUACAUGAAUUACUUCUCCAGUUUAAAUAUAUCAGAUUUUCUAAUCUUACAGUGGAAACAUGAUAAUAACGUCAUUUUUCAAGUAAUGUCACCUAUAUCGAUCGUCCUUUUCAUUUCAAGGUACAUAAGGCAUGUUAACAAAAUUAAUGCAUAUAUUUAAUUUUUAUUAAUGCAACGGUAGUUCAAAUUUAACAAACGUUCGAUUAUAUUCGCUAAUGUUGCUUAUUGUUAGAAGAAAAUGAAAUAAGCAGUGUUACAUUUUCAAAAAAAAAUCCUCUUCAGAGCUGAUUAUCCCACUUGAAUAUUGAACGGGAACGCUAUAUUAUUAUAGCAUGAUACGUCGCGUUUAAUUUAUGUUCUAAUUCACGCUUUCGCAACAUUCUGGCCGCAAACACAUACAUACAUCUUAUGUUAACCAUCCUUGUAUAUUUACGAUAACUUUAUCAGAUUUAAUAUUCCGUAUUUUAAUUUAAAGGUGAACAAUCGUUACACAAAGAAACAAGGCAUUAAAUUUAUUAUUUUUCACGCAUAAGAAUUAUUCUUCGCACAUACGUUUACCCUAACACAAUAAUUUUAUUUCAACAGGGAUCUUAUAUCUCGAAGUUUCCGAAAUAUUAAAUUUCCUCGAAGUUCUAUGUAUAUUUAAAACUGUACAAAUUCGUUUCUCUUCCAACAUGAUCUUUUUAACAUGAUUUUCCACGUUUAAGAAAGAUCAGUAUUAUAAUGUAUUAAAUUUACGUAAAAAAGAACUGUUACAGUAUAUUUGAAUAUCUUUAACCAGUUCGAUCAUUCUGAAUAUGCGUAUAAUAUUUUUGCCAAUAUAAUAUAACAUAAAUGCCAUUAAAUUGCCAUUUAUUUUAACGACAGAUUAUUCUACUAGGUAUUAUUUCUUACUACGGAAAAAUGUGCGUUGUUAAUAAAUGAAGGGUUUACGGGAAAAAAAGGAGAAUACCAAGUUUUAGCGUUCUUUAGAGAACGAAAAUUUACUUUUCGAUAUAUAAUGUCACACCUUUGUAUUUUUUCAUAGAUAUUAUAUCGAAAUAAAACGUUUCAUUCUUCGUUUUAUCCUACAUCAUUUUCAACUUUUAUUUAUAAUUUUUUUUAUGUUAAGCAAUAUAUAACGCGUUAAACUGUACAAAAUGAAAAGUACGUUGCACGCUUCAAUUUCCUAUAGCUGCCGUAAAACUGGGAAAAUUAAAAUUUAAAUUAAUACGGCCAGUGUGACAAAGAGCGCGCGCUGCCCCCUUUUCUCCGUUGGUCCUCUAAAAGUAAAAUUCGUAUUAUUUUAUUUAUAAUUCUGUCGCACGUACAUAUAGAAUGUAGCUGGCAAGAUAAUUAUAAAAAUUGUUAGAAAAAUGAUUUCUUUUUAUUUUAUAAGGCGUAAAAACUCUGUUUAUCUCUUAUUGCCCUCGUUUUUAUUAUACGCGAAAGCACUGCGGAUAAAAUUAAAAGCAUAUUUAACAGAAGAAAAUAAGUGGCGUGCGUACUCGAUCAUCGCAAUAAAAGACACAUGCAGUUUCUUAGUAAAGGGUGAUGACCUCUCCAUUUCGUAAAACGGAUCUAGGAUGAAAUAGACAUAUACGUACAAAAGAAGCGAUAUGUAACUACUGACUUUCCUUCACAAUCGUGUUGAAACAAGUGGUACGUCAAUUUUGAAUUACGUUUGCUAACAUAUUCUCGUUUUUUCUUUCUAGUUGUUAAACGUAAUAGUUAAAACGAGCUAAAAACAAUAUUUUCUCGUCAUUCAGAGGAAACAAAGAUUUUCAAGUAACGGCAUUAGGAUUGUAUAAUGACGGUAUUUCUAUAAAUCGUGUGAAUGUUAAAUUCGAACAAAAGAGAAUGACAUUUCCAAUUUCAUAUAAUUAAGAUAUCUUUGAAAAUGAAAAAAUGUCCCUUGUGUGACUCAAACAAUUCCAAAGUUACAAAACGUCUUAAGCUCGAACGAGUAUGGACACAUGUACGUAAAGUUAAUAAUUAAUUUAACGAACGUUGCUUGAUUUCGUCAUUCUUCGUGAUAGCGUUUCACCCCUGUGUGUUGGCGUGAAUGCGAAGGAAAGAAGAAGAUCGCGGUUUCCGAUGAGAAACACAAGAGGACAGAAGAGAAAAAUGACAUGGAAGGAAAGGGAUCAAAGAGAAGGGAUGAGAUCGAACGAAUACAGUGGGAGGACCGCAUGUAGAUCGUAAAACGGAGGAUGAUGACCUCCCCUGAGUUACAAAGCAUCUGCUAAAUAAAUGAUACGCCAGUUGUCGUAAGUCUAGUUGUCCUCAGCUUCAGACGAAGACGAGUUGGCUCUAGGAUCACGUUACUGGCUAUCGUCAUAGUUGCUCAUGGGGCCGAAGGCCCUUCGGUUAGCCGCGGCGUUCGCCGUCAUCCAACUUCUUUUGCCGCAGGUUCAUUCCAUACGGACCAAACUCAGGAAACAACGGUCCAAGCCGCUGCAAGCUCAACAAGCCGCCAAUGGUGAAUACGAUUACGACUAUUACGAGGGUUACGAUGACUACGAUGAUAGAAAUGAAACUACAACUACAACUGCGCCAUCACCACCUGUUACGUCCAGCGUCAAUACUGCAAGCAGGGGUGAAUUACCGACAGAGACAUUGCAAACUUUCUACAGACCUGGACUGUCUACAGAUGUACCAACGCAAGCGACAAUUCGAACUUUCAGUCAAGUCGGUAUAUUACCAAACGAAGUGCAAACAACACCAGAACAAAAUCAUGCAUCACCGACAGAGAUUGUUCCUGGUGAAAGUAACGUGAUUAGCGCGGUUGCUGUUCCUGGACCCAGGGGCGAGCCUGGUCGACCUGGAGAUAUGGGUCGUCCGGGAGAUGCUGGAUUUCCAGGACACCCUGGAUCUCCGGGAAUUCCGGGACCUCCGGGGCCACCAGGGCCUAUACCUGACGUAUCAAUGUAUUAUCAACAAUUAGCUUUAUCUCAAGCAAAUCAAGAUAAAGGACCGACGGGAGCAGCAGCACCUUUGUAUGGUCCAGAAGCCUACUUACAAAUGCAAACUGGUCCUAUUGGACCGCGUGGUCCAUCAGGUCCACCUGGACCACCUGGACCACAGGGUUUUCAAGGAGUACGAGGAGAACCUGGUGAACCUGGAACUUUGGGUCCUCCAGGAGCGCCAGGUCCCAGAGGAUUAGCUGGUUUACCGGGAAAGGAUGGUAAUACCGGUGAAGAUGGAGAACCUGGUCCUCCAGGAUCGGUUGGUCCAGUCGGACCAAGAGGUCUACCAGGGAUGCCUGGUCUUCCUGGUGUAAAAGGACACCGAGGUUUUCCAGGGUUAGAUGGUGCAAAAGGGGAACAAGGUGUAUCUGGUGAGAAAGGAUCCAUGGGCGUACCUGGACCGAUGGGACAUGUAGGCCCGAUGGGCCCUGCAGGUCCACGUGGUGAAAGAGGUAGAGAAGGUCCUCCUGGACCUCCAGGAAUUAGAGGAGUGGAUGGUAUUGCUGGGCCCCCUGGUCAACCUGGUACGGUAGGUAAACCAGGUUCUCCUGGAUUUCCAGGUAGUCCAGGUGUAAAAGGAGAUCAAGGAGCACAAGGACCAAAAGGAAGCCAAGGCAUACAAGGCCCUCGAGGUGAAACUGGUCGUCCUGGUCAACCUGGUGAAUCAGGACCGCAGGGUCCCCAGGGAAAAGAUGGAAUACCUGGAGAAAAGGGAAGUACAGGAGCAGCUGGUUUAGUUGGUGCUCCAGGUUUCCCUGGAGCUCGCGGACAACCUGGAAUACCUGGCAAUCCUGGUGUUCCAGGAGCGAAGGGCAUGCCUGGACUUUCAGGUGAAAGAGGAUUCAAAGGUGAUAGUGGAGCUAAAGGUGAUUCAGGAACUCCAGGACCACGUGGUUUACCUGGUCCUCCUGGGAACGAGGGUAAACGAGGAAAAAGAGGAAUGCGCGGACCAAUUGGUACAUCUGGUCCUGCCGGAGAACGUGGAGCACCAGGCGCACCAGGUCUUCCGGGACCUGAUGGCCCCAUGGGACCCAAAGGUCAGUCUGGAGAUCGUGGACCAAUUGGACCAAUAGGGCUCAGAGGAACUAACGGAGAUCCUGGUCGCCCAGGAUCUCCCGGUUUACAGGGCACACGUGGUUUAAUGGGUCGCCCUGGUGCUCCCGGGAAACCAGGAAACCCAGGGGACCGAGGAAUUCAAGGUGCUGAUGGAAAACCAGGUGAACAAGGUCCAGCUGGAUUACAAGGUUUACCUGGUCCAAUAGGUCUCCCAGGAGAAAAAGGAUAUCCGGGUGAACCAGGAAAAGCUGGUGAGCCGGGAAAUCCUGGACCACCUGGACCUAGAGGUGAUACGGGAAAAGAAGGAGCACCAGGACCUCAAGGUUCACCUGGACCAUCAGGAGUAGAUGGUGAACGGGGACCUCCAGGAUCUCCAGGUCCUAGAGGUUUUCAGGGUUUCCCAGGCGUUACUGGUAAUCCAGGAACACCAGGAAAAGAUGGAGAAUCAGGUGUUCAAGGACCACCUGGUCCACCAGGUAUACCUGGAAAUAGAGGUGAACGAGGAUUUCCUGGUGAAAGAGGUACACCAGGAGGACCAGGAUUAACAGGACCAAGAGGAGAACCAGGUGCACAAGGAUUAGAUGGACCUCCCGGAUUACCUGGAGCAAAAGGAGAUCGAGGAAUUUCAGGACCACCUGGAUUAGUAGGAUUGCCUGGCUUACGAGGAGCUACGGGAGAGUCAGGCCCGAAAGGAGAAAGAGGAUCUAGCGGACCGCCUGGCCCUGAAGGACCUUCAGGACGGAUUGGAGAGCGUGGCCCACAAGGUCAAAUUGGCUCACCGGGACCGCCAGGUGAACCAGCAGAACGAGGCGAUCCUGGAUUACCUGGACCUCCAGGAGAGGUAGGUGCUCCUGGCAAUCCAGGAGAAAGAGGACCCCAAGGAUUACAAGGACUGCAAGGCUUCCCAGGACCACAAGGACUCAUUGGUUUACCAGGAUUAAAGGGUGACCGUGGUUAUCCAGGUUUAAAAGGAGAUCAAGGAAAUCCUGGUCUACCUGGUAGCCCAGGUGAAACUGGACCACAAGGUCUAGUUGGUUUGAUGGGAGCUAAAGGAGUACGAGGAGAACCAGGUGCUAGAGGAGAGCCUGGUAUUAUGGGACCACCAGGAGUACCAGGAAUCGUUGGUGCAACGGGCCCGCCAGGCGCAAUAGGACCAUCAGGACCGCCUGGGUUACCAGGUAGUAAAGGUAAUAUUGGAGAAACAGGACGAGCCGGAAAUCCUGGGCCUAUUGGGAAUCCAGGUUCACCUGGUGCAGAUGGAAAUAAAGGCGAGAGUGGUUCUCAAGGACCACCAGGUACUCCUGGUCCUCAGGGUCCUCAAGGCUCUCCUGGCGAAAGAGGAUUACCUGGUUUACCAGGUCCGUCUGGACCAAUAGGCGCUAGAGGAAUACGAGGAGCACCUGGUGAAUCCGGUGUACCUGGGAAACCUGGACCAGAAGGUCCACCUGGACCUCCUGGACAAGUUGGACCAAUUGGACCACAUGGACCAUCAGGAGAAAUUGGAGCAGAAGGGCCCAGUGGUAAACCUGGACCACCUGGAAUAGCAGGUCGUCCUGGAGAUAAAGGACCACCGGGAGCGGUAGGACAAACGGGAUUACCCGGAUCUCCUGGUUUACCCGGACCACCUGGUCAAGCAGGUGCUCCAGGAUCAACUGGAGAAAGAGGACCAAAGGGCGAAACAGGACCACAAGGUGUAGAAGGACAGCAAGGACCUAGAGGGAAACCAGGACCUAUAGGAUUGGAAGGUCCUAAAGGUGAUCGCGGAGAAGAAGGCCAGAAGGGUGCGAAAGGCCAUCGAGGAUUUACUGGUUUACAAGGUUUACCCGGGCCUACUGGUCUACCAGGGGAGAAAGGAAUACCUGGACUUCCUGGACUACCUGGAAAAGAUGGCGAAUCUGGACCUAGAGGUAGUCCUGGACGAGAUGGCAGCCCUGGGCCAAUUGGAUUAACUGGCAAUCCAGGACCAAAAGGUCCUUCAGGUGAAGAAGGUCGCCAUGGACCACCAGGUCCUCCUGGUCCUCCAGGGCCUCCAGGUCCACCUGGUGAACUUGGAUUAGGAUAUGAUGCUGCUUCUUUAGCUGCACUUUUAGGACAAGGUCAAACUAAAGGACCAGAUCCAUUAGUUGGUGAUGAACCACCUAGAAUGUUUAGUCAAGACAUGACAGAAGAAGAAAGGAAAGAACUCAUUUUGAAGGCAUAUAAACAAUUGAAAUCAUCAUUCCAGAAAUUUGUAAAACCAGAUGGUGGAAAAAGUUCACCAGCCAAAACUUGCAAGGACCUUUAUACUGCAUAUCCAGAUAAACUUUCUGGAGAAUAUUGGAUUGAUCCUAACGAAGGUGAUGCAAGAGAUGCAAUUUUAGUGUAUUGUGAUGCUAAGAAACGUGCAACAUGUUUAUUGCCUAAUCCUGUACGUUCCCCAGAAAUUAACUAUAUUACUGAUCAACCAGAAACUUGGUUAAGCGAAAUAGAAAAUGGAAUGAAGAUUACAUAUAAAGCAGACAGUAAUCAAAUUGGCUUUUUGCAACUUCUAUCGAGACAUGCAUACCAAAAUAUAAUAUAUCACUGUAAAAAUAGCAUAGGCUAUUUUGAUUCUGAACGAAAGACAUAUAGAAAAGGUAUGAAAUUUUUAACCUGGAAUGAUGUAGAAUUAACACCACGUGGAAAUCAACGUCUAAGAUAUGAAAUGAUAACUGAUGAAUGUAGAACAUAUAAUGGACAAUGGGGUAAAACAGUAAUUUCAUAUGAAACUGAUAAGCCUGUAAGACUACCUAUAAUAGAUGUGGCCUUACGAGAUAUUGGAAAACCAGAUCAAAGCUUUUCUAUUGAAAUCGGUACUGUUUGUUAUGAAUAAUAAAUUGAAAUUAAUAAAUACAUUUUUAUAUUAUCAUUACAUAA